CUCCGUUAUACAGGCGGCAAGGCUGUCCUGCUUGAGCCCGACCCCUCUCCUUGAACCAGGGUACUCUUCGGUAAGUUGGACAGGAGCCUCAGCGCCGUAAUGGUUCUCAUAGUAUCGUUCUGAAAGCCUUUGUUUGGGCUUGACGCGUGAGGGGCAAAUCAUUGAAGAUGGGCAUCUCAGGGCUGCUGCCGCUGCUGAAGUCCAUUCACAAGCCAUGCAAUCUCAAGAAGUUUGCCGGCCAAACCAUAGGCGUCGAUGCCUACGGAUGGCUACAUCGAGGGACGGCUGCCUGUGCGAUUGAUCUGGCCCUAGAGAAGCCCACUACCAAAUACAUCGACUUCUGCAUGAACCGCGUCCGCAUGCUCAUACACUUCGGAAUUACCCCAUACCUGAUCUUCGAUGGCGACAACCUGCCCAGCAAAGCCGGCACGGAGAAGGACCGGAGAGAAAGGAGGAAGGAAGGCAAACGACUGGGCUUGGAGCUGUUGAAGGUUGGCAAGACAUCACAGGCGCAGUUGGAACUGCAGAAGGCUGUCGACGUCACACCGGACAUGGCGCGCGCCUUUAUCGAAGAACUUAAGAUCAUCAACGUCCAAUACGUGGUUGCACCGUACGAAGCAGACUCGCAGAUGGUGUACCUGGAGCGCAAGGGUGUGAUCGAUGGCAUCUUGUCCGAAGAUUCAGAUCUGCUGGUCUUCGGCGCCAAGUGCCUACUCACUAAGCUCGACAAGUACGGCGAUUGCAUUGAAGUCAAUCGCAAUCAUUUCACAGCUUGCCGCGAGAUUAGCCUAGUAGGCUGGUCAGAUGCCGAAUUCAGACGAAUGGCUAUCCUCAGUGGGUGCGACUACCUGCCUGGCAUUGGUGGGCUAGGACUGAAGACCGCUCACCGCAUGCUUCGGAAGCAUAAGACCGUGGAUCGUCUCGUCAAAGCUGCACAAUUCGACGGCAAGCUCAAGGUACCUAAUGGCUUCAUGACCGACUUUGACCAGGCAGAGAAGACCUUCCUGUACCAAUGGGUAUUCUGUCCAACUGAGAACCGACUGGUCAACUUGACGCCCCUUCCGGAUGAUGUCGACAUCGCCGACAUGCCCUAUCUUGGCGAAGAAGUUGCAGCACACCUUGCAGCAGGAGUCGCGAAAGGCGAUCUUUACCCACGUACCAAGUCACCUAUCACGGUUGCCCCCAGGGCGACACCAAGGGGCAAGGUGUUUGGUGCAUCACGAAGAACCUCAACGAAUGUACAGACACCGGAUCUGAAGGGGACUAAAUCGAUCGAUUCCUUUUUCAAGCCGAGGCGUACGCCGUUGGCUGAGCUCGAUCCAAACAUCUUCACACCGUCGCCGAGUCAGCAAGUACUUCUUGAACAACAGAGGGAAAGCAACGGCUGGGCAGCAGUCCUUGCUCCUGGAUCGCAAUCAACACAUAGGCCCUCCUUUCUCAGCACGACACCCCAGCCAAUAAGACGACUCACAUCUGAGCCUGGACGAAGGCGAUCCGCACCACACCCGCCACCUAAGAGGCAACGACUUUGUUCUGACUCCGUACUCAACAAUCCUUCCGCUGGAGGUGAGGGCAUUGUACGGAGCCAAUUUUUCGCAUCAACUUUGCCUGAGCCGAGUCCCUCUACUCGCCCGACUAAGAGUGGCAGACGGGAGACGGACAACGGCUUCGAGCUGUACUCUGAUGACUCAUUGGGUGAUGCUAUGGCAAAAGUAGCAGAUCUGGAAGAGUCAGCUUCACAAUCGAAGAAGAAGCUGAGGAUCUUCAGCGACACCCAAAGCGAUUCGCAGUCUACUGCUACCUCAAGAACUUCCACAGCCGAGUCGCAAGACUCCACUGGAAUCCUCACCCCUGCCACAUCUUUCGGGAGCCCGGAGCCGGAGAGCGUCUUCAGUGCUGCGAUAUCGUCACAGAUCCAGAAUCUGCGGUCGAGGUUUACCUACAAGGAAUCCGAGUCAAGCAUCACGAGCUCAGCGAGCUCGAGAACAAGCCAAGUGCGCAGACGCAAUACUGAAGCACGGACACCUUCAGCUCUGCCAUUGGAGGUCUUUUUCACAAGUGCACAAGAGAUCAAGGUCAAGACCGUCGUCCCAGGCACCCCAUCUUCCGUAGACGAACAGCCUGACAUAGAGGACUCGGCUUGGGCAACGCUCGAAUCCGAGGUAGUCGUUCCCGCGUCCUCGCCACCAUGCACACCAGCGAAGAGGCGACGUGCCUCACUGAAAGGCAGCGAGGACCUGAUCGUCCACGACAGCGAUGGCGAAAGCGUAUGCUCGCCUCGCAAGCCUAUGUUCAACCUCAACCGGUUUGCUUUCGCCGGUUAGGUUGCACUUGUCUUUGACUAUACGAAUUUGAGCGAGGACGAGCGUUACGUUUGAUGGUUACGCAUUUGAUGAUUGGACGUUGAAUUCGGAGAUAUCGUUGUGGGCGAGCGUAGCAUAGCGGCGUAUUUCACAAGCCGAUAUCGAUACCCGGAUACUUUUCAUUUCAACAUUGUCACUAUCACCAUUCUAGAGUUGCUGUGCCGAGUCGUAUUCCUGUGCCUCUGAGAGCACGGUCUCGUGGAUCACCAUUGUGGAUGCCCCGGUUGAAUCGUGAGCGAGGGCGCGUCGUUGCGCGUGGCGGUGACCUGUUGGUGGGAUGUGGGGCGUUGCGGUCGAGUGACGCUCAAUGUAUUGGUAAGUUCUGUAGGUGGAUGGCCCUGGAGGUAGUCGGUGCGUGUACAGUUGGUGUUUCAAAUGAAAUUGGCU